GAGCCGCUGUUAAAAUGGUCCGAGGCGGGCCGGCGUCGCCCCCGCCGUGGCGCUGCGCUGCCUGACUGACUGAACCGGCCGGCCCAGUCGGCAGACCCGCUCCCUCCCUCGCGUCCCCACAGCUCGCGCCCAUCGUUCUCCUGGCUCCCCGGGGCCAAGCAUGUAGCCCGCGUCGGGCAACCCCGGCGGCCCGCAGCUGACGCCCUCCCUCCCUCCUUCCCCGCCCCCGCCGCCGUCGCGUGUGCCGGGUGCGCAGCGCGGGCGACCCCGCGGCGGGCAAGAGGCCCGGCCAAGCCAGCGGCCUGCCCCACCGCCGCCGGAGCCCGCCCCUCGGGCCUCCUUCCCGCCCCGUCCCGCUCGCCCUCCUCGGGGGCCUUCUAUAUGGGCCACCUUCUCUCGAAGGAGCCGCGUAACCGCCCGAGCCAGAAGAAGCCUCGUUGCUGCAGCUGGUGUCGCCGCCGGCGCCCUCUCCUCAGACUGCCCCGCCGGACUCCGGCGAAGGCGACCCCGCAGCCCGCGGCGCCCCGGAGCCGGGACUGCUUUUUCCGCGGGCCCUGCAUGCUCUGCUUCAUCGUGCACAGCCCCGGCGCGCCCGCCCCCGCCGGCCUAGAGGAGGAGCUGCCGCUCUCGCCGCCGCCGCCGCCGCCGCGGGACGGGGCCUACGCCGCCACUGCCGCCGCCGUCUCCUCGCAGCACCUGGCACGGCGCUACGCGGCCCUGGCCGCCGAGGACUGUGCCGCUGCCGCCCGCCGCUUCCUGCUGUCCUCGGCCGCCGCCGCUGCCGCUGCCGCCGCCGCCUCCUCGUCGCCCGCGUCCUGCUGCAAGGAGUUGGGGCUGACCGCGGCCGCCGCCGCCGCCUGGGAGCAGCAGGGCCCGGGCCUUUUCCUGGCCAGCGUGGGGCCGGUGCGCUUCCUGGGACCGUCGGCCGCCGCGCAGCUCUUCCGGGGGCCGCUGUCGCCGCCGCCGCAGGCCGAGUCCCCCACCGUCCUCGAUAUGGUUUGCAAGCGGAAAGGGACCGGGGUCCCCGCCUGCACCCCUUGCAAGCAGCCCCGCUGCGGUGGCGGCGGCGGCGGGGGCUGCGGCGGUGGGGGCGGUGGCGGGGGAGGGCCGGCGGGGGGAGGGGCCUCGCCGCCGCGGCCGCCCGAUGCCGGCUGCUGCCAGGCCCCGGAGCAGCCUCCGCCACCGCCACCGCCGCCGCCGCCACCGCCGCUCUGCCCCGCGCCCGCCUCUCCCGCCUCCGAGUGUGCCCCCGUCGAGGCCGCCGGGGACGCUGUCCGAGCUGGGGGCACCGCCCCCUCGUCCACCCAGCAGCAGCAGCAGCAGCAACAGCAACAGCAGCCAGAAAGUGGCGACGCGGACUGUCAGGAGCCCCACGGAAACCCCUGCGACUGUCACAGGGAGCCGCCCCCCGAAAUUCCAGACAUCAACCAACUGCCUCCGUCCAUCCUGCUUAAGAUAUUUUCCAAUUUGUCUCUGGAUGAACGUUGCCUUUCUGCAUCAUUGGUCUGCAAGUACUGGCGUGACCUUUGUUUGGAUUUCCAGUUCUGGAAGCAGCUGGAUCUUAGCAGUCGUCAACAGGUUACUGAUGAAUUAUUGGAAAAAAUUGCAUCGAGAAGUCAGAAUAUAAUUGAAAUCAACAUUUCUGAUUGUCGCAGUAUGUCUGACACUGGCGUGUGUGUCUUAGCAUUUAAGUGUCCUGGACUUCUUAGGUAUACAGCCUACAGGUGUAAACAGCUUUCCGACACCUCCAUCAUUGCAGUUGCCUCUCACUGUCCUUUACUGCAGAAAGUUCACGUAGGCAACCAGGACAAACUUACUGAUGAAGGACUCAAGCAGCUGGGCUCAAAAUGCAGAGAACUCAAAGACAUUCACUUUGGCCAGUGUUACAAGAUCUCAGAUGAAGGCAUGAUUGUCAUAGCUAAGGGCUGCCUGAAGUUACAAAGAAUAUACAUGCAGGAAAACAAAUUGGUUUUCCCCAUUAACAGCCUUUUGGUGACAGACCAGUCAGUGAAGGCAUUUGCCGAGCACUGCCCUGAACUCCAGUAUGUUGGCUUCAUGGGUUGUUCAGUUACUUCCAAAGGAGUCAUUCACCUAACCAAGCUGAGAAACCUUUCCAGUUUGGAUCUCCGUCAUAUCACUGAACUGGACAAUGAAACUGUGAUGGAAAUCGUCAAGAGGUGCAAAAAUCUUAGCUCUCUGAACCUCUGUCUGAACUGGAUCAUAAAUGACAGGUGUGUGGAGGUCAUUGCAAAGGAGGGACAAAACCUGAAAGAGCUGUACUUGGUGUCCUGUAAAAUCACUGAUUAUGCACUGAUCGCCAUUGGGCGAUACAGCGUGACCAUAGAGACGGUGGACGUUGGAUGGUGUAAAGAAAUCACAGAUCAAGGAGCCACCCUGAUUGCACAGAGCAGCAAAUCCCUGAGAUACCUGGGACUGAUGAGAUGUGAUAAAGUGAACGAGGUGACGGUUGAGCAGCUGGUGCAGCAGUACCCCCACAUCACCUUCAGCACCGUUCUGCAGGACUGCAAGAGGACCUUGGAGAGAGCCUACCAGAUGGGCUGGACCCCCAACAUGUCUGCCGCUUCCUCCUGAGCAGGGCAGAGCAGUGGGGGGCAGGGCUGGGGUAGCGGUUUUAACCACCACCUGUCUGUCUGGACCCAUGUUCUAUUUGUGUCUUGUUUGCCUACUGCAUAGCAUAAGUGCACUUGUUAUGUCCCCAGGUGAGCUGCCUUGUGUUCCUAAAAAUGGAAGAUUAUGAAAACCAUAAAAACUUUUUUUUUAAUCCAAAAGUUUAUUUCUUUAAAAAAAGACAUUGUGAAAUCUCGUCAGAAAGCUGGGUGUAUUAUUUUGAGCGUCUAAGUUCUGCCACAUCUUGGAGAUGCUCGGCCAAAGGCUUUCUUUUGUGAUAGAAUACGCUGUUCACUUCUGAUUAGACCAGAACAGGAGACACACCUGCAGUUCCACGCUCGUGGACCCUCAUGUCUGUGCACGUAUGCUCAGUGAAUGUCUUGAUAAGUUAUAUGCUGACUGAGGGACCUUCCUGGAGGCCAUGGGGGGAGCAUGCCAUUCCCAGUGGUAAUGGCUGACUUUCUGUGCCCACAGGUGGUCAACUUGCUGUCUUGUGGGUACCUUAGGAACUAGAGAGAAUAAAUAAAGCCUUUUGUAAAUUUGUAUAUGGAGGCAACCAUCCCUGGCCAGCUCACAAAAGUUAAUUAUUCAUUGUUCUGUAAAUGCUUUUCUGUUGAGUAAUAAAUAUUUUAGUUGGUUUUACAUUGACACCUUGUUAGCUUUUACUUUGUGGGUAGUUAUUGGCCAGGGUAUAUUUUAGUGACAUUUGGGGCUCAUCUUAACAUUAUCCACAUUGAAGCUACGAAUGUAGUUAUUGGUGUGCAGUUAUUUUAAAAAUUUUAGAGAUGAUUUCAUUAUUUUGGCAAUUUUGGUAAUUAUGAAAAUAUAUUCUGAGGUGGAGUAGUCACAUUGGUAGAAGAUUAAUGAAUGAGAUGUAAGUAGACAAUCUUCCUAUUGAAUAUUUUCUUUUGCAUUGGGAUUUAGAACAGGUUUUUGGAUAUAUGCAUGUUAUAAUUUUGAAUAGUUCUCACACUACUGCAGAGAUCUACUGUUAGCUAAUGUAUGAGUUAAGGAGAGAGUUAGAAAAUCUGUUCAUUAAGAUUCUGUUUGCACUUGCCAGAAAUAAGUAUUUUAGUUUAAUUAAAUGUUCCCAGCAUUUAGUUAUCUCAGUUGCUAUCAGAAAAUGAGUAUAUGUUUUGAUUCCACACAUCCUUCCAGUUAAUCCAUUGUAGGGACUCGGGCUCCAGGAACCUCUCCUGGGUCUGGUCUGUAAUCAGGCGGCAGGGAGCCUCUUCAAGCUAAAGAGUGAUUAACUUUCAUAGUAGGAGAAGCAAAACCUUGACCUUUGAACUUGCUAUUUAUUCUCCCCUCGUGUGGUCUUUGGUCUUUGACAAUUAUGAUGAGGUCUGACUUUAUUUCCUGUAAACCUUGAUGCUCCUGACGUGAUACGAGCCGCAAGAAGCAGAAAGCAGCCUUCCGUCUGAAUGCCAUUCACAUACGUACGAGAACUACUUUCCUAUAGAAAUGUUGGUUUCCUUCGAGUAUGUCAACAUGCUUCUGAUGUGGCAUUUUCCUUUUUUGCUUUAAUUCCUAUCAGUUAAAAAUAAAUACUGAGCAAGUAUCAGGAAUGUUUUUUUUUUUCCACAGCCAAACAGGUUGCUAGUUUAGUUUGAAAGAAAUACAAAUUGUUUAAGAAAAAGUUGUUUACCACUAGAAAACUACAUUUCUUCUUAUACAUUGAACUGUAUCAUUUUAUAUCCAUUUCUUCGCUACUAAAAAAAAAUGUUAUUUCAUAAUACUUUAACUGCUUUUUAACCCAAAAGUAAUUUAUAAGACUAUGUGUAUAGUAAUAGUAGCUUGAAUGAAUAAACACAAGUUUAACUUUUAUAUGUCACAUUGUAUGUUAAAUAGCUACACAAGGACAAAAGAAGGAAAAGUCAUCUUUGAUAUAGAUGGCAUGAUUUCAGUUCCAAGUUGAGAUCAUCUUUGGAAUGUUCCGGUGAAGUCGCCGGUGGUUUCAGACGGUAGAAUGAAUUGUGUAAAUGCUGCAUUCUUUGAAGCUGAAGCCCGGCACUCUAACACGCUUUAGCUUGGGGGUGGGGCUGCACUUACUCUCUAAGAUGCUGAUAAUACAGAAAAGCUGUGCAACAGAACUGGGAAGCUGCUUUGGCUCAUUUAUAGAACUCUGUAGAAGUAUCAUAUCCAGCCUCAAAGUAUUAAUCUCAUAGAAACAAACAAAAACAAAAAACAGCCAAGAAAAGCAUCACCUCCGUGACCCUGUGGAGGGUGUUGAAUGUGCUCUCAUUAGACGCUUUGAAAUGAGGCUUAAAAUACUUUUUCUGGGCAAUAUAGUUCCUUUUUUGCUUAGCCUGUCAUAAAUACAUGUGAACACAUUUAAUGCGGGGCUGUUUAUCCUCUCCAAAUGUCAACAGUAUUUUCAGAAUAAAGCCUAUGAAAUUUAUUGCUGCCGUGGAAAAGUCUGGUCCUUUGUAUUUAAUGUCCUUUUGAGUGGAUAAAGAAAAUUCACCCAGUUUGUAGUUUCUAUAUUUCUGUGAAUCUUUUGACCUUGCAAUGGGUUGCAAUAAAAGAGAAACCGAACUCCA